AUGUAUCGGAAGUUGUCUAAGUUAGAACACUCGGAAAUAAAACAACUUCUUACAGAAGCUAAUAUAGAUGUUGCAAAGCAUUACGCAACAAACAAAAAAACACUCGCUGACAUCCUCAAUGACUAUAAUGGUGCAAUAAGUUAUGAUAGAAUUCAUGAGUUCAUAAAGCCGCAACGCGGCGAGGACGAAGUCCAUGCAAGAGCAUUUCCUUUAAAUGACGUUGCUAUUGACUUAUAUCAUAGACGUUCAGUACCUCAUGAAGUAAGAAGAGAAAUGUUUGACAUAACAAAUGCAAACGUUGGUCAUACUCGUAAAGCUCUUUCGCAUGGUGUUCGUCAAGAGAUGUUUGACAUAACAAAUGCAAACGUUGGUGAAACAAGAAGAAGAGACGACACACUGAAACAACAGAGAAGAGAGAUGUUUAAGAGCGCUAUAGAACAAGUUCGCAAAGCUAACGAUGUCCUUCGUUCCAUUGACGACAAACCAAAAGAAG